AUUGGCCGCUCCUGAUCUAACUCCAAACAUCGGUCUCUUCUGGUACUUCUUCACUGAGAUGUUUGAGCACUUCCGUCUCUUCUUCUUGGCAACAUUCCAAAUCAAUGCCUUCGUUUAUGUUCUACCCCUGUCAAUUCGCCUCCGCCGUGACCCUGUGUUGCUGGCAGCUGCUCUUUUAGCAUUUACUGCUGUAUUUAGAAGUUACCCAGCACUAGGGGACGUUGGACUCUACAUGGCUCUCUUGCCAAUGUGGAAACACUUAUAUCCAUUUAUGCGUCAGACAUUCAUCGUUGGAUGCAUGUUUGUGGCCACAUCAGUCCUGGGCCCUAUCAUGUACAACCUCUGGAUUUUCAAUGGAUCAGCUAAUGCCAACUUUUACUUUGCUGUUACUCUGGCCUUCAAUACUGCUCAGAUUUUUCUUGUUACUGAUCUUCUGUUUGCUCAUGUGAAGCGAGAAUACCAUCUCAUCCAUGGGUCCAAGAUGGAGGUUGAUGGAGUACCUGCCAGACUUACACUACAAUGAUUCAGCAUUUUAUGGUUUUUUAUUUGGGGAACAAUAGUUGUUAGUGCAACAUGAUUGAUGGCCUUUCCAUUUACUCACACUAAUCUCAUGCUUACAUAUAGGACUUAGCACCUUGUGAACAUCAGUAUUUGUGGAGAGUUUUGCAGAAGAAAAGUGACUGGUGAUGUGGAAUGGAAAUUAUGUGGGCACAAAGUAUUUACUGUAUUAUGUUAGUCAUAUGGGUUUUACAACCUAAUGCAUGACUUAGGCAAACUUUGUAUUACCCCACCAAAGCCUGUCGGUUAAAAGCCUAGGACCCACAAACCUUCGUGCAAUCAUAAACCUUAAAAAGUUUCUACUAAAGACUGAAGAGUCUUGUUACACUGGUUGUUUAUUUCAUGAUCUUCAUUUGGCUUGGUUACAAGCUGUCAUAUAUUCUGUACUCCUAAGCACACACAAAUAUUCCUACACACAUAUUCACACAAGCAUAGAAUCCCUACACUGGUUCUAUUACAUCACCACGGUCAAGUGAAGACAGGCAGUGAUCACUACACUGGUUCUAUUACAUCACCAUGGUCAAGUGAAGACAGGCAGUGAUCACCACACUGGUUCUAUUACAUCACCAUGGUCAAGUGAAGACAGGCAGUGAUCACUACACUGGUUCUAUUACAUCACCACGGUCAAGUGAAGACAGGCAGUGAUCACCACACUGGUUCUAUUACAUCACCAUGGUCAAGUGAAGACAGGCAGUGAUCACUACACUGGUUCUAUUACAUCACCACGGUCAAGUGAAGACAGGCAGUGAUCACCACACUGGUUCUAUUACAUCACCAUGGUCAAGUGAAGACAGGCAGUGAUCACUACACUGGUUCUAUUACAUCACCAUGGUCAAGUGAAGACAGGCAGUGAUCACCACACUGGUUCUAUUACAUCACCACGGUCAAGUGAAGACAGGCAGUGAUCACCACACUGGUUCUAUUACAUCACCAUGGUCAAGUGAAAACAGGCAGUGAUCACUACACUGGUUCUAUUACAUCACCACGGUCAAGUGAAGACAGGCAGUGAUCACCACACUGGUUCUAUUACAUCACCACGGUCAAGUGAAGACAGGCAGUGAUCACCACACUGGUUCUAUUACAUCACCAUGGUCAAGUGAAGACAGGCAGUGAUCACCACACUGGUUCUAUUACAUCACCAUGGUCAAGUGAAGACAGGCAGUGAUCACCACACUGGUUCUAUUACAUCACCACGGUCAAGUGAAGACAGGCAGUGAUCACCAUACUGGUUCUAUUACAUCACCACGGUCAAGUGAAGACAGGCAGUGAUCACCACACUGGUUCUAUUACAUCACCAUGGUCAAGUGAAGACAGACAGUGAUCACCACACUGGUUCUAUUAUAUCACCACGGUCAAGUGAAGACAGGCAGUGAUCACCACACUGGUUCUAUUACAUCACCACGGUCAAGUGAAGACAGGCAGUGAUCACCAUACUGGUUCUAUUACAUCACCACGGUCAAGUGAAGACAGGCAGUGAUCACCACACUGGUUCUAUUACAUCACCACGGUCAAGUGAAGACAGCAGUGAUCACCACACUGGUUCUAUUAUAUCACCACGGUCAAGUGAAGACAGGCAGUGAUCACCACACUGGUUCUAUUACAUCACCACGGUCAAGUGAAGACAGGCAGUGACUGCCACACUGGUUCUAUUACAAACAUUGACAGUAUAAUUAAUAUCUUCGUAAGAAGGAAGCCGUCUUAACCGGAACUCUCUAAUAGCCCGAAUUUAAAUUUUCCAAGGGGCACAUUUUCUUGAAAAAUCCAAGAAAAUUAUCCCGGUCCCUGGAAAAUUCGAGGGAUGGAGGAGUUUUAUCUGGAUUUGAGAAAUGGAAAUCAGGUGCAUUUUCUGGAAAUUCUGAGAAAAUUUUUCCGGCUUCCGGAAAUUUCUGGGGAUGGGGGAUAUUUUUCCGGGUUCGAGAGAAGAUGUAAUGCACAAUUUUUGGAACUUCUGAGAAAAAUUUUCUGUCACCCAGAAAAUUCCUGGAAUGAGAAAUUUUUUUCGGCUUUGAGAGAUAUGUAAUGCGAAUUUCUGGAACUUACGAGAACAUUUUUCCAUUACUCGGAAAAUUCUGAAAAUUUCUUGGGAUGAGGGUUUUUCCGGCUCUGAGAGAGUCAUCUUGUUACCUGGAAAUCUCAUUCCCGGAAGUGCUGUGCACCAAUUGUUCCGGCUAACGGAGAUAGCAUCACUCACCUAGAUUUUGCCAAGGCUUUGACAGCGUACCCCAUGAAAGGCUGAGAAUUAAA